UGGCUUUUCCUGGCGCUGGUGGGUGCUCAGAAGCCUAACCUGGACGCCAUCCUGAACCGAAGGACGGAUGUCUACAUCGCCGGCUUCUUUCCCUUCGGCAAGGGCGUCGAAAACUCGCAUACUGGGCGAGGUGUGAUGCCGAGUGUGAAGCUGGCCUUAGACCACGUGAACGAACACGACAGUGUGCUGCGGAACUAUCGCCUGCAUAUGUGGUGGAAUGAUACCGAGUGCAACGCCGCGGUCGGAGUAAAGUCAUUCUUCGAUAUGAUGCACUCUGGCCCGCACAAGUUGAUGCUGUUCGGAGCCGCCUGUACCCACGUCACGGACCCCAUAGCUAAGGCGUCCAAGCAUUGGCACCUUACACAGCUUUCAUACGCAGAUACACACCCAAUGUUCACUCGAGAAGCUUUCCCCAACUUCUUCAGAAUCGUACCCUCAGAGAAUGCCUUCAAUAUGCCCCGUAUCAGACUCCUGCAGCACUUCAACUGGACUAGGGUCGGGACUAUCUACCAGAACGAACCGAGAUAUGCGCUGGCACACAACGACCUAAUCUCGGACCUGGACAACCACGAGAUCGAGAUUCUGGAGCAGCAGAGUUUCGCGUCCGAAGUCAAGUCAGCACUCGCCAAACUGAAGGAGAAGGAUAUUCGGAUCAUCCUGGGUAACUUUAACGAGACCUGGGCUAUGGAGAUAUUUUGUGAAGCUUACAAACUCGAGAUGUACGGGCGCGCAUAUACCUGGCUUCUGCUCGGUACCUACACCCCGAAAUGGUGGAAACGUCACUCACCUUGCUCCAAAAGAGACCUCACUACAGCCCUGGACACUGCUAUUCUCACGGAUCUGCUGCCGCUGUCCACUACUGGGCAGAUGACUGUCUCUGGCAUAAGCCCUAAAGAGUACCAAGUCGAAUACGAUAGGAGAAGAGGCGCUGAAUAUUCCAGAUUCCACGGGUACACUUACGAUGGAAUCUGGGCGAUGGCGUUGGCGAUACAGACAGUGGCACAGCGGGUGAAACUACGGUAUAAAGAGAAGACGGUCUUGGACUUCAGGUAUCGGGAUAAGGAGUGGGAACAGUUGUUCCUGGACGCCCUUAGCAACGUCACGUUUGAGGGAGUUACAGGCCCAGUCCGCUUCCACAACAACGAGCGGAAAGCCUCCAUCCUGCUGAAGCAGUUCCAAGGGGACGAGGUUGGAGAAGUGAAGGUCGGGGAAUAUUGCGCGGAGCGAGACCACCUGGACCUUACCAAUGGGCAAAUGUUCAAAUGGUUCGGGAAGAACCCUCCAAAAGACCGCACGCUACUUCUCAUCGAACAUACGCAAGUCAACAUCACCAUCUACUCAUUCCUGGUCUCCUGUUCUGUCAUCGGUAUUAUCCUGGCCAUCGGUUUCUUGGCCAUGAACAUACAUUACAGGAACCAGAGAUACAUCAAGAUGUCCUCACCUCACCUCAACAACCUCAUCAUCAUUGGCUGCAUGUUGACUUAUCUCAGCGUCAUCUUCCUCGGUCUCGACUCCAGCCUCAGCAGCAUAGCGGCGUUCCCCUACAUCUGCACGGCAAGGGCGUGGUUACUUAUGGCCGGCUUCAGUUUGGCCUUCGGUGCCAUGUUCUCGAAAACCUGGAGAGUGCACUCCAUCUUCACGGAUGUCAAGCUCAAUAAGAAGGUGAUCAAGGACUACCAGCUCUUCAUGGUUGUGGGCGUGCUUCUGUGCGUAGAUUUCGCCAUCAUGAUAACAUGGCAGGUCUCCGAUCCGUUCUACCGGGCUACCAAGCGGAUGGAUCCUGUGCCACACCCUACGAGUGAGGAUAUUGAGAUAGUGCAGGAGAAUGAAUAUUGCCAGUCGGAGCAGAUGAACAUCUUUAUUGGAGUCAUCUAUGCUUACAAGGGGCUUUUAUUGGUGUUCGGUGCUUUUCUGGCUUGGGAGACGCGGCACGUGUCCAUACCGGCGCUCAACGACUCCAAACACAUCGGCUUGUCCGUCUACAACGUGCUGAUCGUGUGCAUUACUGGAGCCCCCCUUGCAUUGGUUUUGGCAGACCACAAAGACGCUUUAUUCGUCCUAAUCGCUAUAUUUAUUAUCUUUUGUACAACGGCAACUCUAUGUCUCGUAUUUGUUCCUAAGCUAUUAGAGCUCCGGCGUAACGGGCAGCCGGGCACGGCGCAGUCCCGGAUCCGGGCCACGCUCCGGCCGGCGUCGACGCACGAGUGCCGGAGCCCGGGGCCGGAACUCGAGCGCAAGUUGAAGGAGCUCCGACAGUACAACAACCGGUAUAGGAGGACGCUGCAGGCUAAAGAGAACGAAUUACAGAUGCUACUUAGCAAGUUGGGCAGCGAUGCUGGCUCCGAAUCGUCCACAACCAAAGACUCAAGGUCACCCGCAGCAAUGACAACCAAACUGCCACUGCCUAAGGAAAAUAUUAGCCAUCCAGAAACUAGUGAUAUAACAUCGGUAUGCAGCCUCAGUGCAUCAGCAGGGGCAGAGGCAGAAUACAUCAAUCUACAGAAUCAAGUCAACGAAAAAACGAAACCAUCAGCCCCUCCAGAGCCCGUCAAAGAAAUCCUCAAAGAAACGCCUAAAGAGCCAAGGAAGGAGCAGACGAAGAACGUCUCAUUCAAGAACCAUUUAGACUACACCAGCCCACCGUCAUCCAAGGCUGUUCCGGAGAAGGACCAGCUCGCCAAGCUGCCUUAUGGGUGGUCGGCCGAGGUUCGAAUGGAGCCCUCCGAACCCGCCCCCAAGUCCUCACUCAAGCAAGAACCCGUGCGAGCUGAAGCCAAGACAGUCCCAGCUCUUAAACCAAGUGAUACGCCCACUGCCAAGUCCGUGCCUGCUAAGGUUCAGGAGCCUAUGUAUACUAAGGCUGCUACACCGAAGAUUAAUAAGACACCAGAACUUCAAAAGAAGCAAAUGAAAACCCCCGAGCCCAAGACGCCUCCCCGAGACAAGCCGCGAGGGCACAGACGCAUGUCCAGCGUGAGUGGAGCUCUCCUCACAGACCUGAUGCACGUGUCAGUGGACCAGGAUGAUCUGGAGCCCCCGCCUGGCAUGGAGAGGAAGGUUAUAGGGCAAGAAAGAGAUCCACCAGUGCCUCCUAAGCCUAAACAAGAACCUGAAGAUAUACUAGAUAUAGACGCAGAUUACUCCACAGCGGAAAGAAAGAAAGCUUGUCAAAGAAGAGACUCCGAAAGGAGAAAGAAAGAAUUCAUAGUGGUACAAAGCGACUUGUGGGACACGAACACGUUUCAAUACACGUGUCAAAAGUCACCACCAGGGAAGACUGAAACCGGCCACCAUCAUUCUCCGAUGCAGAGAAGUGUGUCAGAGAAAAGCCGGCAGCAGUCUUCGCCUCAUCAUCAUAGGGAGGUCGAUAGCAGAAGUUUAGAAAGAAGAGCUUCCAAUGCUUCCAUAAAUUAUGCAGGUACCACGAGAGGUAGUACACCUGAAGGCUAUCGGGAAGCGGAAACUCUCAGAAUGACUGACCGAUUAGCAAAGCGCCGAGGGUCAGAGUUCCCACAGCCAGUGAGUACACCCCCGCUUCAGACUCAAAGUAAACGAAGGCAAUCUUCAGCUCAAGUAAGAAGUUAUCAAGAAGAAAAGCAAGAUAGGCCAGAAAAAGAAACACAUCGAAGACACGACGACAUACCAAGAAAACCUCUCCCUGAACAACAGGAGAAUGACUGGAGACCAGAUCCGGACACGAUACGGGUUACAAAAUCUCAAGACUCGCCAGCGAAGAGGUUACGUCAUGAGGCUGAGCCGUUGAAACGGGCGAAGGGAGUUGGAGAUUCGCCUAGGUUGACGCAGGCUCAUGCGCCGAGGCCGGAUCAUCAUAAGAGCAGUCCUAACGUCGCGUCGAGGCAUAAAUCAGGUUCCCCUAACAAACGCGAAGACCGCAAAUCCGCAACGUACGGCCGCAGCGACUCUAAACGCCAGGACUCCGCCGACCAACGAAAGAUGUACACAGCAAGCUCAGAGUCCGAACUAUUCGAGUGCGCGAUCUUACCCAUCUUCCACAAACUACUCACGGAACGACAUAAAAGUCAACCACAUGGCCUCAAUCUCACCUACGGCGUCAGCUGCCCUAACAUCUCGAUAAAAUGCGACAUAGUUGAAUAUUUGUAAGUAGCUUUAGGUUUAAAACAGGAGCAAUACUUUACCUGCGUUAAACUCGAGAUUUCAAUGUUUACAAUUUUUAAAACUGUUUCAUAUCUCCAAUGUCAAUUGUAAUAGAGACAAGACUCAUCAUGAUUUCAUGACCUGGAUUCGUGGUCCAGGAGCAAGGUUGAUAAUUUUAAUUUAGGGUCCCCCCCACACUAGCGUCUCGCGAGCGGCGCGUCGGGCCAACUGUAUGGGCAAAGCCUGACGCCGCGUCGUCUUUUUCCAUACAGUUGGCCCGAGGCGACGCUAGAUGUGGGGGGACCCUUAUUCUGAUUCCGUUUAGAUUAGAAUAUAUAUGCAGACCUGUAACACCACACCAGACCCUUGUUGACACUGACAAUUUUGACAGUUCAAUAGUGUUGCCACAUUGACAAAGAUUAGUAGAAAUAGUAGAACAGGCGUAGGUAUUUUCUAAAUAUUUUAAGCCGUUGUAUAAAUAUCGUUUCUGGUGAAGUAAAAUGUAUUUUAUUAUGUUUUUAUAUUUUUGGCAAUAAAGUGUUGUGAAAUUGUGACCAGCGCGCAAUAAACAAUUUAAUAGUUGUUUUUCUUUAUGACUAGGUAAAUGGAAAUUGUACAAUAGGAUAUAUACCGAAAUUGUUGUGCCUCGUGACUUUACCAAAAGUGCAAUAACGAAUAAAAAUACUACCAUAUAACGCUUAUAAAAAAUGUGAACUAACUUAUUUUGAAUUAACAUUUUGUGAGUACGAUACUACUUGUACAACAAUAUUAAAAUACUUGUCUACCUAAUAAAUCUAUAGACCUUAUUAUACAUUAUUUAAAUGACUCGUGUAUUUAGCAGACUCUGACUAAACUUUGGUACGAUUUUUAGGUAUGAUUGUAAAAAUAAUGAAUGUUAAAAUAAGUAAAGAAAGUUCUCAACGACAAGUUCGCUCACGGGUUUUAGGAUUUAAUGUAAAAAUCAAGUGUUGUUAAUUCUUUAACAUCGAAUAUUAUACGUCUUCUUUAAAAUCGUUCGCACAAAGUUAAUUUUGUAACUCGACGCACACCUUGUGUAUUCAACUAUAUGCGAAUAUUCUUAAAAUCCUUCAGAAGAGAACGUGAAUAAUGGAUAACUAUGUUUUGAGAAUAAAAAAGUUCUCUGCAGUGGCCUCAUGAGCUGCUGACUAUAUAGAAUUGAGACCGCAAUAUUACAAAAAAUAUCAGGAAUAUAGGAUAUUAAGAAUGUUCCUUCAGUCCUUAAUCUAUAGGUACAUCCGGAAGGUAGGCGUAGUUUGUGCUCAAAGAACUCUGGUCUCACUCUUCCGUAUUAAAAGGGAUAGAGAAGGAACACACGCUAAAUUUACCUUUCCGAAAUCAGUUGUGAUAUUCCUAGUCUCAUUAGUUGUAAUAUAAUGUUAAUUUUAAUACAUUAAUUUCCUUUAGAUGUUACAAAGUGCAAAUAAUUAUGUAUUUUCAAACUUAUUGUUGUUGGUCCGGCAUUUCAUUAUGUACAUGUGCACGUAAAUAAAGACUUGAUAGUUCUAAGACUUUAAAAAUAUGUAUUGUACAUUGUAAGAUAUUAAAUAAUUUGAUUACAA